GAUAAGAUGAUUCGAAGUUCCAUGUAAUCUACACUGUCCAGAACCAAAAACGAAAAGGACAACAACAUAUACUAAUACUAAAAUAUGAAAUUAACAAAAGACACAUUUUUUUCAUCUCCAAACAUAGAACCAUUGUUGUCAUUAUUAUCUUCACGAAUGCAUCUCAUUUUGAAACCAUCGCACUUUCAAUUUUAAUCCUCCUUUUUCUUUAGCAUUAACUCACCUUUUUCCCAAAUAUUAAAUUUUUACUAUCUCUCAUACUUGAAACACCAGUUUCAUUAGCUGAUUCUGAGUUCAAUCAUCAAUCUCAAAUCGUGCUGCAAGGUUAAUGGAGAAGACACGAGUGGAUAACUUAUUUCCUCAUACUCCAAGUUCAAUAUUCUCAACCAAGAAGGGACGCAGUGGAUAUGAACCAUCAGAUACAGAAACAGAGUGGCAAGAAACUCCACGUCACGAACGAGGAAGAAAGAACAACACAAAUUUGAGUCCUGAAGAAACAAAAGCUCUGACUCAAAGGAACAAAAGUCCAAUGACACUCCACAGAAGACACCCAUCAAGGUUUGAAUUUGAAGUCUCAUCAUCACCUUCAGUAACAGGUUCAGUUCCAAACCAACCAAGAAGACACCACAGCAAGUCACCCUAUAAGAUACGCAUAGCACGUGACGAUGAUUGUGAUGAUGCAUACGGUUUGAACUCACGUAGAAAUACAAGUCCUUUACCAAGACCUGACUUUGGAAGAACAAUAUCUCCUUAUAACAGAAAUCACGAGCAAAGAACGCCCUCUAAUGAAAACAGAAAAGCAAGUUCAGGGCUUCUAGAAUUAGAUAGAAAGAGUACAAAACCAAACUACAAGAGAGCAGUGACUGCUCCAAGAUUGAGGGACCAACAAACAUUGCAAAACACAGCGAGAAUUUCAAAACAAAGGGAAAAUUCUCCUUUCAAAACACCUUUGGUUAAAGAAAUCAAUGAAAUGAUAGCACAGGCGAAGCUUUCAAAAAACCCUACUGAUGAUUAUUCAUCAGCAAUAGAAAGUACCGACUCCAUUCAAACAGGUGAUCUUUUCUUUUCUCGUGAAUGCAAUGCCUUGCAAGUGAAGGACUCUUCAUUGCCAAAAAAAGCUCAACAAUAUGGGUAUUUUAGCCCAAGACCAUUGAUCACCACCAUUAAUCCCAUUAGCAACCCAUCUGAAAGUGGUAACCUUAAUAUGAAUAUGAAAAUGACAAGAACCUCGUCAAGUAACGUGUUGUUGUCUCGAACAACAACGAGCACAUCAAUCAGAAAGGGAGGUGGAACUGGGAAGCCUAGUGCGAAUUCUAGUGUGAAAAGUGAUGCUAGUGCAAAGACAACUGAAAGCAUGAGGAAAUUCACAUCCAACAGAAAAAAGAACCAGAAAGAUGCUUGGUUUGCUUGUAUGAAGAUAACAGGAAACUGUAGGAUUUCAAGAAAAUCACCUGAACGUAGACCAAUUGUCGAAGCUUCGUUGAUUGAGAGGGCAAUAGUUGUGGAAAGCAUUCCACAAUUCUGGGCAGAUAAACAUCAACCAGCUUCACUUAAUGGCUUCAUUUGCAACAGACAAGAUGCUCAACUUCUCAAGGAAUUAGUGUCACAGGGUUCUUUACCCCAUAUUUUGCUCAAAGGACCAUCUGGUUCUGAGAAAAGAGAGCUAGCAAUGGCUCUUCUACGAGAAAUAUAUGGAGAUGCAUGUUGUAAUCUUUUACAUGAUUUAAGACAUUUCCCUAUUCAGGACAAAAGGACUAUGAAAGUAUCAGUUCCAAUCACAUUCAGUACUCAUCACAUGGAGCUUAAUAUAAAUUCAGAACCAAAUGCUAAAUUUGCUUUAAUGGGAUUAAUCAAAGAAAUUAGCAACAUAUAUGCAAUUACCCCUGAAGUCAGCAAUAUGAAUUUCAAGUCAGAUUAUAAAGUAAUAAUUCUUUAUGAGGUCGACAAAGCUGUAGAGAAUAUCCAGCACAUGAUCAAAUGGAUCAUAGACCGUUAUUCAGAUAUAUGCAAAUUAGUUAUUUGCUGUGAAGAUGAUGAAAACAUUAUUGCACCUGUGAAAAACCGAUUCAAAGUUAUCAAUAUUGAUUCCCCUCAAACGCAUGAAAUUAUUGAGGUUCUUAUGCAGAUAGCAAAUAAAGAGGAAAUUGAUCUAUCCAUGAGUUUUGCUAUGAAGAUUGCUACAAAGUCUAAGCAGAACCUCAGGGAAGCAAUCUUGGCUCUUGAAGCAUGCAAAGCACACAACUAUCCAUUUUCAGAAGAACAACCAAUUCCAGUUGGGUGGGAGAAGAUUGUAAUAGAAGUUGCUGUAGAGAUCCUAGCUGAUCCAUCAUUUUCACGCUUACUCUCCAUACGAGGGAAAUUUCAAAUGCUUCUCCUGGAUUUUGUCCACCCUAAAUUGAUUCUCCUGAAACUUGUGGAGCAGCUCCUAAGAAGAAUUGACACCAGCUUAAAAAGGGAGCUCUACUACUGGCAUGCUUAUUAUGACAGAAGACUGCCACCAGGAACAACAGCUUUACUAAAAUUAGAAGAAUUUGUGGCCAAAUUCAUGAGCAUAUGCAGAAGAAGCUCAGGCAGUAGACAAUAUGUGUAGAUUAACAUGGAUGUCACUAAAGAAUGUCCAUAUUAUGUGAGCAACACCAAUUAAUGAUUAUGUGGAAGAACAUAAUUCCAUAUCAUAUAGUAGCAAUGAUCAGAAAGAAAAGUACUGAAAUCAGUUUCUUCUUAUUAUAUUGUGAACAAUAAUCUAUAUUUUUGCGCAGCAUAUUCUAAUCAAUUAGCUACUUGUGUAGGUAAUAUAUGUAAAUUGCAUAAGGCAUCUUCAUUUGUAAAAUGCAUGCACAGAACAUUUAAUAUGUUGAAUGGAAGUUCUUGCUUCAGUAAAAAGGAUUGUCACGGUGGUCUUUGUUUAUGCAAGAGAAUCAAAUUUUCCAAUUAGAAAUAAAUAUGCACACGUUGAUAAUAAUUCAGAACCUAAACUCAAUACUAUUCAGAAAGUCGAAUUUUUCUAUUUUCAUAUUAGUU